CUCAACUUCCUGCUAGCGACGGACGCGUCUUGUAACCCGGACUUGUAAGCUAACAUUAACCGGUAAUUUUAUCAGGGAGUGUGUGGCGACAUAAUGGGGGUGUCAGAUUUACAAUUUAAUACAAACGGACCUGUGGUAGAUCUUUCGGCUCAGGGUAUGCGGAAGCUCGAUCCCAGUUUCAUCUGCUCAGAGGACACUCACACACUCAUCCUGGACCAAAAUCAAAUCAUGAAACUGGACCAUUUGGAAAGGAACUCAGGCCUUCAGCAGCUGUCUGUAGCCAACAAUCGCCUUGUCAGGAUGAUGGGUGUGUCUCAGCUCACGGAGUUGCAAGUCCUCAAUCUUCCCAACAACAGUAUCGGCUACAUCGAGGGACUGCGGGAUCUACCCAACCUCAAGUGGCUCAACCUGUCGGGAAACGCAAUUAAGGUUAUUGAGCAGCUGAACAACUGUGUUUCUCUGCAACACUUGGAUCUUUCAGAUAAUAGCAUAUUUAACAUUGGGGAUCUGAGCAAACUUGUGGCACUAAAGACACUUCUUCUGCAUGGAAACAGCCUGACAACACUCCGCACUGUGCCUGCCAAUCUCCCUGCCCAUGUGUCAAUCCUGUCGUUAGCAUCUAAUGAGAUAACGGAUCUCAAUGAAGUGGCACACCUGGCCUCCCUCCACAAACUGGAGCAGUUGUCCAUUAUGAACAACCCCUGUGUGAUGCCAACCCCGUCACUGCCGCACUACGACUACCGGCCCUAUGUGAUGAAUUGGUGUCUGGGCCUGAAAGUUUUGGAUGGCUUUGUGGUGUCUCAAAAAGAAGGACUGAAAGCGGAGUGGCUGUACAGUCAGGGAAAAGGUCGUUUCUUUCGACCGGGACAGCAUGUUGAACUGGUUCAGUACCUGUCCACCGUUUGCCUCCGGACCACUUCGUCGCCCUUGGUGAUGACGGAAGAUGCCAAAUUGGAGAAGAUCUUAAACAAGCAGAGGUUUCACCAAAUGCAGUUGUUAGAAGAGACCCGCGGGGAAUGUCCAAGCCCUCCUCGGCCCACUCAACUAGCUGUGGAAGCAACAGACAUUUUGCAUACAUCGCCACAAGGGGACACUGUACAGGCGCAGAAAAUAACACCACCACCACCACCACUGCAAGCUGCUAUUCUAUCAGACCCAGAAAGAGGGCGAGCAGUGCAGUUUAAUACAUGGAUGAGCUACGACUCGACCAACACGUCGCUUCCAUGUUUAAGCAGCCCACAGCUGGGAAAGGAGAACCUCCAUUUGGAAGACGUGCAGACCGAUGAGGACAAGCUCAACGAAAGCAUGCUAUCUUCCGAGUCCACCUUCAUGCCCUUCGUACCCCACCUCGACCCACGGCCGCCGCACUCGGACAGUGAAGACGAGACGGAGACAUUUGAAGCUGACUCGCUGGCCCCCAUGCGCCCGACGUCCCCUCGCUGCAGCCCCUUGCCAGAGCAGCACAAUGAGGAAGACACUGUUGCGCCACAUUUGGAAGCCCCAGAAGAAGAAACAUUUUUACAUGUAUCCAACAAGUCAGAGUGCGCAACAAGAGCAGCUGUUAAGAUCCAGUCUUGGUGGAGGGGUUGGUACACUCGGUGUUGUCACCCCAAAGCCAGAGAGGUGCGCAGUGAGAUCCGUCUGCGCAGGAUGCAAGAUCACAUCAUCUCCUUAUCAUCAAAAUUUGACAGGGUGCAGAAGCAGUGUGAAGAGGAGAGAUUACAAAGGAUGGUUCAAGAGGAAGCGGUCAGGUUUCUAUGGAAGCAGGUCCAGUCCAUGCAGCAGUGGAAGCAGUCUGUUGAGGAGCAGCUGGCCUGCCUCACUCACGUCUCCACUCCUCCCGGACCGUGUCUGCCGGCUCUUCCUGCAGCUAGCUGCACUGCAAACCAAGUGGCCACGGAGGUCUCCUUGCCGGACUCUGGGUUCCAAAUGACAACGAGCGACGAGCAGGCCACGCUGGAGGACAGCCUGCUGAGCAGCGGGACUGCAGAGUCUGUGAUGACUGUGCGAGCGCCCGACGGAGGUGUGGACAGCACGGACUGCAGCCUCCUGGAGCAGUACGCCUCCUCGUUGCAGCAGAGGGAAGAGGAAGAGGAGGAAGCAGAGGAGGCGGUAACAUCGCAGCCAUCCUCAUCGCUGCAAAUCGAAGAUGACCAGACAGAUGUCCACUGAAAGAAACAGCAUCAUAAAAAUGUUAUAUUUGCCCACUGAGGCAUGACUGAAAACUGCUCUUAUAUUUAUUGUCUGUCACCCAAGAGAGUGAACGUUUGUUAGCUGAACACAUUUUGCCGACAGCAUAUAUUGUUUAGGGAUAUUUAGCUUGCUGAAGCUAUAUUUAGCUUCUAUGGCUAUAAACACCAAUAAAUGGAUCAUAUGCCUUUGUUCAAGAACACCAAGUUGUUUACAAAUGGUCAAAUCAAGUUUGUUCAUAAAAGUUCAACCUAAAGUUUUAGCCAAAAGCUCAAUAUCCUAAACUUGUGAGUAUUGUAGUGCAUUUACUGUUGCAUUGUUUCUUCUGCCUCUUUUGGUAAUGGAAUAUCAACCUGGUCUCCUUGCCAAUACACAUACAAAGUAAUUACACUGCAAUAAAAAGCAGAUGACUGCA